GUGUUUGGAGUUUUCACUUUUACUCUCUUUUUCUCCAAUCCGUUCACAGAAUUAUGUGGACAAUCAUACUCGUCACCUGCGUCGCGUUGUUCGUGUAUCAGUCCGCCAUCCUGAUCAAGUCGUACUUCGAGUACCCGGUGAAUGUCGACAUCAAGGUUGUAGACAGCAAGAAGCUCACUUUUCCGUCAGUCACGGUCUGCAACAACAACAGGCUGCGAAAAUCCAUGCUGCGGGGAUCCCGGCAUGAAUCUUUGCUCGAGCUGGACGAGCGAACAGCACGUGAUGUGUCGGACUACUUGCGGGCAAAGCAAGUAGACCGGGACAAAAUCGACCUGGAGUACCCUGACUAUAAUCCUGUAGGAUCCAGCCCGGAUGAGGAAUUCGACGACAGUUUAGAUGCUUCGACAGAAUGCAGACUCAGAUUCAAGCAACUUUGCACGUUGGCUCAGCUACUCAGAGAACCAUCCGAUGAGACUGAAUGGAGCUACUUCAGCCGGGAAGGCUGGGCAGCAAUGAUCUCCCAAACAUGCACAGGGACCGCACACGACACUUGUGACGAGUGUUAUAAUGACAGGAUCAUGCUGAGACGAAUCAAGGACAUACCAUCGAAGAUCAAUGCAGCAUUCUGCUGUCCCGCUGACAGUUACAUUCAACUGACUCAUACGACGUUUGAAACUCACAUGGAAGCUUUAAACCCAUACGCAUGCGCGAACUUAAUUGGCGAGAUGCAAGGCGAGCCGUGUACCGCUAGUCAGCUGAUCGCGGCGUACAAUGAGGGCAGGCGUUUUGACAACUGGGGUUGGUUUGGUAUGCCCAAACUACAAGACGUACAGAUGAUGUUAAGCGACGGUUGUCAAAAUGGCACCGCAUCGACAUGCUACCGUGGAGUACUGCCAAUCACCACGACCCCACAAGCUGCUGGUUUGUUUUGUUGCUCUCCCCAAAUGUGUGUGCAAUCGGGAUGCACGGCUAAAGUCCCCGGAUGCAGUAAUCCGCUUGGCAUGGAAAGCGGGAAAAUUCUCGAUCACCAAAUUUCAGCGUCGUCAUUUGACGAGCAUCCACCAGUUUACGGUCGCUUGAAUUCCAUGGUCCCGUGGCAAUUUCAUCCCUACUAUGACGAGAAUCCGCGGUUCGAGGUAGAUUUUGGCAAAACAGUUAUUCUGACGGGAUUCAUUACCCAAGAAGACGAGGACGUUGUUCAGACUUACGUCAUACAGCAUGGCAUGACGUCAUCUGAUUGGAUUGAUUAUGUAGAUGAGUAUGGGGAAGGCGUCCUCUUCUGCGGUCAUGUCAACGGCAAUGGCUACAACUUCCAACAUCUGUCACACCCUGUCUUUACCCGACGCAUUGCCAUUCUGCCUCGUUUCAAUGGUGGGGGCAGAAAGAAUCUCCGUGUGGAGUUUUUGGGGUGUGAAGAAGAUGACUGCAUCUAUGCUCGUGCUCCAUUUCCAAUGAUAAACACUAUAGAUCCCAGCUCCAUCAGCUGCAGCAGUAAAGACUGCGUGUCCAAUGUCACCACAUACCGAGGGACAGUACGCUCUUCUGGUAACUCCACUUGCCAAAACUGGACUUGCCCAAACCGUCACUUUGACUUCUGCCUGGAGGAAAACUUCUGCCGAUUUGCACCUGAUGAAAACAGCACCGAAUUAGUCUGUCCUUCUGUCUCGGAUUCCGGCCAAGUAAACCUGACUUCCCAUCCCUGUCAGUCCAUCGCGAAAUGUCCAAUCAGCGAGACUGACGACGAACCAGUAUUCCCCACACGGCACAAGUUUUACCAACACACUUUCGCCGCUCAGUACUGUGAAGAACGAGGAAAACAACUGUGUUCACUGGAACAACUCGUUUUGCUAAACACCUUUCGAGACAUGGUGGCAAGUGAAUGGGGCUGGAUCAAUGACUCUGGUUUGGAAGCCACGUUUGAAGAAGACUGCACCAACACAACUACGGAACUCUGCUUUAAAAAUAUAUAUCGUUAUCGCCAAUCGAACGCCGUGAGCAGUGUGGCCUACUGCUGUGACUCCCUGUUUGAACUUACAGAAGAAACCUACAAGAAUCACAGCAGUGCAGAAACGGCCUGCCAUGACAGGGGUAUGCAACUUUGCUUACCUUCACAACUGACUACUGUCCAUGAUGCUUCCAUAAGGCGCGAUAAUUACCCAGAAGAUCUCGCGUGGAUCAACAUGGCUGACAAAGUUGCACUACUGAACGAAACGUGCGGAUGCAACGUUGGCGAUAAUUGCAUAGGUAAUAAAAUUCCUUUAUUCGAAACCGACCGAUCGAAAGGCUACAAAGCAAUGUGUUGUGAAGAAAGUUUCUUUCUAAGUGCAGACACGUUUUCGAACCAAUCAGAGGCCCUAGCACUGUGUGACACGGGAGGCAAGCAGGCCUGUUCGCGCUUUCAACUCAGUACCUUGUAUGACGAUGGAGUCAGGAACACAGGUUUCUCAUGGUUUGAAGAGUUGAACGGCGUGGUCACACUUCAAACUCUGUGCAACACGUCAGACCAUAACUGUAUAGAUGGGGUAACCUACGGAGAUACAACUUCGACCAAUGUCACGGCUUUCCCUGUCUAUUGUUGUAACCCAGUGUCACAUCCGAUACCAUCAGAUUCAUCCUUGCCACAGAGAGCUAAUGUGACAAAUGAUUUCAUUGGCUGUAACAACCCACUAGGCAUGGAGAGCGGCAUCAUUACACAUGAUCAGAUCAAUGCCUCCUCUUUCUCUGACCAACAACACACACCAAACCAUGCCCGCCUCAACAGCAGGUCCUAUUGGAUGAUGGACGAAGAUGACACCAUACCAUGGAUACAGGUGGACUUACGGGACUCACAUGUACUAGCAGGGGUGAUCAUACAAGGAGGUGGUAGCGCUGGCGGUUAUGUCACAACCUUCUCUUUAUCCUUUGGUGUCGAUGGAAAUCAGUGGCAGACAUACACCGACGACGAGAGUACACAGCACUCGACGGUGUUCAGGGGAAGUAAAGAUGACUUCACUCCAAACCACGUCUACUUAUCACGCGCAGUCACAACUCGAUACGUGCGUUUGCACCCGCUGUCAUGGAAAGGACGUGGUGGACUUCGCUUGGAAAUAGUCGGCUGCACAUCUUCUAGCUGUAGUCUAAGAAAUACAAACCACAAGACGGUACAGUUUUAUCACCGUCAUCAGGUGAUGUGUACAGAACCCGAAUGUAUUGCUGGGCGUGGCAUUAACUAUAGGGGCAAGCAGAACGUCACCAGGACCGGCCGAACGUGUCAGAAAUGGGAUUCCCAUGAUCCGCAGUAUCAUUGUACCACACCCUCGCUGUACCCGGAUGCGGAUCUCACGGAAAACUACUGCCGUAACAUACCGAAUCACCCGGCCAAGGCACCAUGGUGCUACACCGGAGAACAGGACUGGGAAUACUGCAGUAUUGAGCGUUGUGAAGUAGGCUGCGUUGACUUGAAGCUAAACUCUGUUGCUGGAGAAAAUGACUGGGCCGAAUUCCUCCUCAGCUCUAACACAGAUGACUACACAGACAUCACAGACUUUUCAAUGGCUACGAGAGAGGAGAUUGUAGAGAUGGGUCAUCGUAAGGAAGAGCUCAUUCUCCAAUGCACGUUUGACAAAGAACGUUGCUCAUUGGAUGAUUUCAAAGUGAUACAGAACGCCAAGUAUGGCAACUGUUUCACUUUUAACCACGGUGAAGACGGCUUAGUGCGAAACACGACCAAGGUAGGAGCGGAGUACGGUUUAAAACUGACACUUUCAAUCGAGGCGAGCGAAUACGUGGGACUUUUCGGUCAGGCCCCAGGCGCAAAAAUCACAAUCCAUAGCGUAGGGUCAACGCCAUUUCCUGAAGGCAACGCUAUCAAUACCAAACCCGGAGAGAGUACUUUCGUCGGCUUGAAACGUAGUUCAGUACGAAGACAACCAUUUCCGUACGGAGACUGCACUUCCUAUCAGGAAAGAGAUGUUCUGUACGAUGGGAUGUACACAUACGAGACUUGUCAACAUUCGUGUCUGCAGGCAGCAUUGCUGGAGAAGUGCGGCUGUUCUGAUGAGCUGAUUGCCAUAAAUAGUACACUGUGUAGUGUACUGAACAAUACACAAGAGUGUUGUCGUCAGGAAGUCCGAAAACGCCACGAGGACGGCGACCUGCUCUGCGACUGUCACCAAUCCUGUACUGAGGAUUCCUACACACUUUGGCUGUCAUCUUCCCUGUGGCCGUCAGAUAGUUACGUCUGGUACGUGCUGGAGAACAUUCACACCAGAAGUCAGUCUCAAAAUCUACCACUCAGCCCCGAAGAACUGCGUCAAAAUCUCGCGAGGGUCCACGUGUACUUCCGUGACUUGAACUACGAGUUGAUCACCGAGAAUCCAACCUAUACUGAAGAAUCAGUACUUAGUGGCCUAGGUGGACUUUUGGGGCUAUAUGUAGGACUAUCAGUCAUCACAGUCUUCGAGUUCAUCAACCUGCUAGUGGACGUUUUCAAAGCUGCUUGUGACAAAGAAACAAAAGAUAGGAGCACUACAGGAACAUCAGUCAUUACAUCUAAGCUAACGGUAUAGAUGUACAUUUCAGGGCCACAAAUUUGAAGGCAUCAGCAUUGUAGAUGAGUAAAGAAAAUAUCAUGAUAACUUGCAAUUGAUACAAAGGUAAGUGGCAUUGUAACUUGUAUCAGUUUUAUGGAAACGCUCUGUACAAUUACAAGUUCAACUGCGUUUCAAGCGAUAAUUGUGAGCAGGUCUAUGUAUCUAUGUAUAUACAUGUAUAUCAAUCUAUAUUGGUCUGUCUGUCUCUCAAUUUAUCUAUCCCUCAAUUUAUCCAUCCAUCUAUCUGUCUAUCUAUCUUUCUAUCAAUUUCAAGUUUCUCGGAAUUUGCCUUCCAAACAAAUUUGAUAGCUUCGUAAAACUAUUGCUAGCUAAUCUACCUACUUCAAAUAUAUCUAGCCCAAAAGAAUAUUCCAUAUGAAUGUGAAAUUGAUUGGAAUAACCUCCCUACCCACUUGAAGGGUUUUACAUCCUUGAUUAGCUUUAAAUGUAAUAUCACAACCCACCUACAUUCAUUCCCUAGCUGAACCUGGCCUUUUUUGUUGAGGUAGGUUUCAAAUUAGCCCAUAUCAUAUUUUCUUCCUUUCCUCUCAUUUUUCAAACUGACAUCGGCAUUUUGUUGAUUCACUAUUUUCCUAUGAGUUAUGUUUAUUAAUGUAGAAUUUUAUAUAUAACCAAUUAUUAUGUUAUAAGUUCUUACAAUUUACUAUCCAUGAUAUUGUCUGAUUUGCUGUGAUAUUGAUAUCAAUUAUUUGUUAUAGAGUCCAUUCCAAGUGACCAUGAGGGUUUUUAGGUGAUAUUUGUAAUAAGU